AUGAAGAAAUUAAUUAAUUUGUUACUACUUCCCUCGUUCUUGUUAAUAAACAAGUGUUUUCUGUGCGAAAGUGAAACGCAAAAAAUAACCGGAAACUGUGGAGGUACUUUUUCGGGUUAUCAAUAUAUGAUCAGCAGUCCAGAUUAUCCAUCGAAAUAUUCGGGAAAUCAAGACUGCAUUUAUUUCUUACGAGGAAGCAGACUAGCUCGUUGUGAUCAGGAAUUUCAUCUUCAAUUUUUGGAUUUGGAUCUCAGACCUUCGAAAAAUUGUCAAGAAGAUUUCCUUCAAAUUGGGGAUCGGAAUAUUUAUUGCGGGACCACAGUGGGCUUGAGAUCUUUUAAGGGCGAAAAUAAUAUUCUGAAAAUUCGCUUUCAUUCGGGAAAGGAAGGUGGAGGGAAAGGAUUUCGUAUUUUAGUGACUACUUUGCCAUGUGUGAACUCUCAAGGGAAUUCUAAUAAUUUCAAAAUUCGAAAUGUGACACCUCGCACUAUAUCAGCAACCCUGAAACCAGUGAACUCCACAAAAUUGUUCCACGAAGAGAAAACUGACAAAAAUAAUCAAAAAUCAAUGUUUGAUUCAGAAGCAGAAAGUGAACAUUCCAAUUUAAAAUUUGAAGUUGAGACUCUCAAUCCAGUAUAUCGACCUCAAGUGACCUUCUCAUCAGACAAUGAUAUUCGCCCGCCAAGAGGAGGGCAGCCACCCCUUGAUCCAAAACCAACAAAAAAUUGUUCCAGUUCUAAAGAUGUCAGAAAACUUGACUCAUCUACCUAUCUAUAUUUGCCUCCUUCUUCAACCCCGAGCAAACUUUCCCAAACAAACAAUUUCAAUUUUCCCAUUAAAUCACCACCCACUGAAUUUUCUCUUCCAAUUUUCAAAACUACUCCCUUUCGCCCAGGUCAACAGAACCUGUCAAAAUCAAUUUUCGAAACAACCCCUUUUCUUUCAAAUCAGCAGAAUAUAAAUAAAUUAACCUAUGAGAGGCAACGUGCAUCUGGUAAUGUUUAUAGCGAACCAGUAAACAAUAAUAAAAUGGGGCUCGGUUUAGCAAACGAUUGUGAUAAAAAUGGGAAUGUUGAUCUUGAAUUUAAUAAAAGUGAGAAUAAGGAAGAGAAUUUACCAGAUAGAAAUUUUCAGGAAAAUUUGGGUGAUUUUCCAUCAUUUGGGAUUGGGGCUGGAUAUCCUGGACAAAUUGGGGUUGGUGGGAUAGUUGGGUAUCCACUUCCGGGGGUGGGUAAUGGGAUAAAUUCUGAACAUUUUCCAGGAAACUCAGGGGGUGAUUAUCCUGGACCAAUUGGAGGGAGUGGUGUGGUUGAAAAUUCACUUCCGGGGACUGAUUCUGGUAUUUAUCCAGGAAGUUCAGGAAUUGGACCGAGUGUGAAUCCAAUAUUCAAUCCAGAAAUUGUUCCCGGAGUAAAUUCAGGGGUAAAUUAUCCUGGAGAAAUUGGGGACAGUGGGGUAGUUGGGAAUCCUUUUCCAGGAAUUGGAUCAGGAAUUUACCCGGGGUUAAAUCCAGGAUUCAAUCCAAAUAUUGGGCCAAGUGUAAAUCCAGGGAUAGUUUAUCCUGGACAAAUUGGGGGCAGUGGGGUAGUUGGAAAUCCACUUCCGGGAAUUGGGUCAGGAACUGUUCCAGGGCUAAAUCCAGGGGUAGCUUAUCCCGGACAAAUUGGUGGCAAUGGGGUAGUUGGUAAUCGAUAUCCGGGAAUUGGAUCAGGAAUUUAUCCAGGAAGUUCCGGCAUUGGUUCUGGGUUAAAUCCAGGACAAAUUCCAAACUUAAACCCUAACCCAAUUUUCCCCAACUUGCCAAAUUAUGUCCCAAAUUAUCCAGGCAUUCCCACUCGAUCGGAAUGUUGUGCUCCCCUCUUUCCAAGUCCAAGAUCCAUAAUAAGUACACCAGGAUUCCCAACCUUACAUCCUUCCCCCAUACCCUACGAUUGCGGCUACACAAUAACCCGAUUUUCUCCGUCGUAUUGUCGAGUGAGAUUAAAUUUGAAAUUUUUCAACCUUGGAACUGAAGACCCGUAUUGCAUCAACGGUCAUCUGGAAGUGGAUAACAGAAGAAUUUGUGGAUGCAGAUCAGGACAGAGCCUGGUUUUCCCCUUUGGAAAUUAUCCUGCAAAGUCAAUUAAUGUUAGAUAUUCAGGAUUUCCAAAUUCAAAAUUUAGUGGAUUUUUGAUAGAAGUUGUUCAGGAAGUUUGUGGGGAUUAUUAUCCGCUCAUUAGAAACCGGAAAGACUUGUCAGCAGUGAAUGGGAGCUCUUCAUCGCUGGAGGAAAAAGAUGGGUCAACAGUUUCAUCGAAAUCAAUAAUUUCAUCAGAAGAUUCUCAUGCUAGGAGAAAGAGGGAAGGAUAUUCUUAUCCAAAGCCGACAGGUCACGCUAUUUUGGAUGUUCAUUCGGGUGGAGGUCGCAGUGAGAGUCUUUUUUGGAACUCGUGUCAGGCUCGGGUUUUUCUUGACUGGAUCUUGGCAGCGAAAGAGGCAUUUAUCACGGGCGCGAGGUGUCCUGGAUCUGGAAGUUCUGGAAUCAAUCAAGUUAUACCAAUACUCGGAGGUUCGGGUAGAUUCCCAGGAAAUUGUGAGGAAAUUGCUGCUCUGGAAGGAGUGAUUUCGUCGCCUUUUUACCCUUCCUUCUAUACAAACAAUAUAAGAAAAUGUUACAGGUUUUACAAGUCUCGAGGCUAUUGUCGAUUAGAAUUAUCAGUAUUAGAUUUUGAUCUUGAGCCCAGUUUAGGCUGUUCUAAAGAUUAUUUAUUGUUCAGUGGACAAAAUAAACGGUACUGUGGCAAUUCACUGGCUGGAACCACAACUCUCUUCGACAUUUCGAGAUCGAACGUUGCAGAAAUUUAUUUCGUGACUGACUUAUCAGGACGUGGAAGAGGCUUUACUGCUGGCUUCGUACAAACUCCUUGUUAAUCCUAUAAUAAUUAAAAAUAUGUUACGUAUUUACGAUCAGUCAAUU